UGAGCUUGUAUUGAGCUGAAAGUUAAAUAGUUUAUGUCUUAAUAUAUAUUAUAUAAAGGGAUCGAGCAUGAAGGACGCCUUGAGGGAAGAGCAAAUUGGUGAGUUUUUGGAGGCCUUCUGUCUUUUUGACAAAGAUGGAGAUGGCUGCAUAACCAUCGAAGAAUUAAGCACUGCAAUCAGAUCACUAGAUGAAAAUCCAACGGUGGAGGAGUUGCAAAUUAUGAUGAACGAAGUGGACAUGGACGGCAACGGAACCAUAGAAUUCGGGGAAUUCUUGAAUCUCAUGGCCAGAAAAAUGAAGGAAACUGAAGCAGAAGAGGAACUGAAGGAAGCUUUCAGGGUGUUUGACAAAGAUCAUGAUGGUUAUAUAUCGCCCAGUGAGUUGAGGUCUGUAAUGAGAACUAUUGGGGAGAAGGUGACAGACGAAGAAGUGGAACAGAUGGUCAAAGAGGCAGAUUUAGAUGGUGAUGGCCUCAUUGAUUAUGAAGAGUUCGUGAGGAUGAUGUUGGCUGAUUAAUUAAAUGUAUGUCUAUUAAUUGGUAUAGUUUUAAUGUUUGGUUAGUAUUCCUGGACGUAUGCAGAAAACUAGCCUUAUACUCUCUAUAGCUGUACCACAAUCUUAUCAAAUUAUUCUAAAAUUACGCAUUUAUUUCA